AUGUCUUUUAUAAUAUACUUAAUUCACGUCCGACCUGAAAGGGUGUGUAUCAAGUACGUCGGUGUGGCCUUCCGUUUCGACUAUCAUGGUGAGGGUGGUAUAUUCUCUUUGCUGUUGAAGAUAGUACACGAGAGCAUUCACAAGGUUGGUACUAAAACACUGAUCCUUUGCACUGUAUUGGCUACUACUGGUGCUGCGAUGAUGUGUGGUGAUGGUCUUAUUACCCCAGCAUUAAGUGUGCUAAGUGCAGUAGAAGGUCUAGCUACUGAUAAGCUGUUCUCGCCCAGUGGGGUACAGAUAGUUAAGGAUUUGGUUGUCCCUGUGACCCUAAUCCUACUACUACUGUUAUAUUCACUACAGUUUUUGGGACCCUCCAAAGUUGGUAUCGCGAACGGGCCUAUUACAAUGUGUUGGUUUAUACUCAUUGGCGGUGUUGGAAUAUAUAACCUCACCAUCUACAAUCAAUGGAUGGUUUUGGUCGAUGCUAUCAACCCGUACUAUGUGUAUUAUUUCUGGGUUAAAUCGAGCUUCGCGGGCUAUGGUGCAUUCCAACGCUUUGGUGAUGUGGUGCUGGCAGUAACUGGUGCGGAGGCGCUGUUUGCUGAUAUGGGCCAUUUUGGAAGAGGACCUAUUAUGCUCUCCUGGUUCGGACUGGUACUCCCUGCACUUAUAUUCUGCUACACUGGACAGGCAGCAUACGUUCUGUCCAUCGGAACCCAGGCUGCUGCUAGUAACCCAUUCUGGGCUGCCACGCCUAAUGCCUUAUAUAUUGUUAUGUUGAUCUUUGCAACUAUUACGACCAUUAUCGCUUCUCAAGCUAUGAUCACUGGUUGCUUUGGCCUUAUCAAUAUGGCUGUCUCUCUGGACCUGUUUCCUCGUGUGAAGGUUGUAAAUACUAACCCCAAGGAGAAAGCCCAUAUUUACAUCCCUGAAGUCAACUUCCUGCUUGGCCUCGGUACCAUUAUAUUGGUGUUGGCCUUCCGGUCAAGUGGAGCCCUUACUGGUGCUUAUGGUGUUGCAGUACUAUUCACAUUCAAUAUGAGCACUCAACUGUAUGUGCAAGUGCUGCAUCGUGUGUAUGGAUGGAACUUCAUCUUGGCAUUCAGUUGCCUAAUACCGUUUAUGGUGGUCGAUGGAACUCUGCUUGUUUCAAACCUGUAUAUGAAAAUGGAUGAGAACGGUUGGGUGACGAUACUAAUAGCUGUAGUAUUGCUCGUAUUCAUGUUAACUUGGCGUUACGGGAGGUAUGCUACUGGUAAGGCAUAUAACGAGUUGGCCGCCCAAGAGGGAGCCUUGUCGAGUUUGUCGGGUCUAGUACUGCAACAGCAAGCAGGAACGUUGAGGUUAAGUCCGGGCACUGGUGUAUUUAUGAGCCCUACUGAGGAGAAAUUGAAGGGGGAGUCUUUGCCAGCUGCACUCUCGUUGUACAAUAGGAUUACUAAUGGAGUUCAUCAAAGAACGGUUUUACUAAGCGUAUCGUUUAACACACUGACCCCAUUCGUGGAUCAAAGCCAACGCGUGGAGGUUGAAAGACUGUCGGAACAUAUUUGGGCGGCUCGUGUUACCUUUGGCUAUGCAGAGCCGCUGUCAGAGCUCAACAUGGGCGAAGUGGUUCGUGAUACUAUUCUGCCUAUUAUAAAGCAGAACGUGGCUAAUGAUGAAACCGUUCAUCGUCGUAGACCACAGGCAGCAUCUCAGCAAUUGGAUAUGUUAUUCUCGGAGGAAAGGAAUGAAGAGGCGGAGCAGAUGUUGGCUAAGGAAGCUAUCGAUGGAGAGCAGGGUUAUGAUGAAGCUGAUAAUCUCUGGUUUUACAUUCACAGAGAAAAAACCAUGUCAAAGCCAGGGUCGAAUAUUCUACGUAGGAUAGUGAUAUCUAUGUACGCGGGUAUAAUCGGCAUCACUCGAGACCCGGCUCAGUUUUUCGGCCUGCCUAUGGACCUUGUGAUUCAGCUCGGUGAGGUAUUGAAGAUGUAG